AAAAAAUGUGUAAUUUUAAUAAAUGUAAUGUUUACAAAUAAAAUAAUAUUAUCUUCUUACCAUUAAAAAUAGAUAUCUUAAUAUGGGUAAUGGGAUAUAACCACAAUAUUAACGUUAUGACUGCAUUUAAAUAAUUUGAGUGUAUUUAAUAUGCUUCGAAUAUUAUUAUUAUUUACGGUAAUAUACACCGUUCUCUGCAGUGAUGGUGAUCGAUCUCCAUUCUAUAUUAACUGUGUUAAGGGAUGUAUGAAAGCAAAUUGUACAAAUGACUUGACAUUCACACCAGAGGCUGCCCAGCAGCAAGAUAUUUGGAGCAAGAUCUUGCUGUGGAACUGCAGAGAUGAGUGCAGGUAUCACUGUAUGUGGAGAACUGUGCAAGGCUUCCUGGAGAGAGGAUACACAAUCCCAAAAUUCCAUGGAAAGUGGCCGUUCAAGAGAAUCCUGGGUGUUCAAGAGCCAGCGUCCACACUGGCGUCACUGCUGAACUUGGCUGCUCAUGUCUACAUGUUUACUGAGAUGAAACGACAGUUGCCUGCAGCUUCCCGUACUCCUGCACUCCUGCUCUGGAAAGUGUUUGCUGUGGUAUGUAUGCACGCGUGGAUCUGGUCCGCAAUAUUCCACACCAGAGACAAUGCCUUCACAGAGUUCAUGGACUACGCGUGCGCUCUCUCCAUGGUUAUGAGCCUGUUUCUGGCAGCAAUACUGAGAUAUGGUUUCAUAGAAAACAUUUAGCCAAGAAAACUGCUACUGAUUCUCGGACGUUGGCUUCAGCGACUGGAGGUGGUGCAUGGAUGGCAGCCCCACUUACCCAUUGACAGACCAAUGAACCAAUUCCAUCCACCUCCAGUCAAACAAGUCAAUCACCGCACAUUUCACAGCUCUUUUGUGUGAACUUGCGCGAGGAAAUUGUUAAGUAUAGAGAACCCAGGCAGAAAGAACUCUUGACUCCUCUUCCAGCCACUCUUUCCUCUCAACCUACACGUCUCAGAAGGAGAUAUGAUGCCGCUGGCUCCCACGGAGAUGUCAGAAGUACAUUAUUUGAAUAUGAAGACGGGCGUGUAGAAAGAGAAACAGUGACAAACACUGAGCUUGCAGUCAUCAGGGAUGCCCUAUUACAGCUGUGUCCUUAGAGAAUUAUAUCUAGAUAAUAGGAAUUAUGAUUAUUGUGUUGUUUUAGAAUGAUUAUUGAUGCCUUUCUUGUUCUAGAGUAAGUUGUUCUAAGUAAAUAAAAUGUUGUUAAAAG